GUGACGUAUGCGGAAGCGGUGAGCAGCAUCAUGUCCGUUAGUUUGUUGUGUGCGCGGACUGACCGCUGCUGCUGCUGUUAUUGAUGUUUCAGUCUGAAGCUUUCAGAGAGUGUUCAGCUGAAGCGUCUCCAGAAUGACGUCCAUCGUGAGCGACACGGCCGAGGCGGUGGAUCUGUGUCCAGAAUACAACCUCUACCUCAAGCCCAUCGCCAAAAUCACGGUGAGCGUGGCUCUUCCUCACCUCAAGACGCCCGGCAAAUCCAUCUCCAACUGGGAGGUGAUGGAGCGUCUGAAGUCCAUGGUGCAACCGGAGCAGUUUUCCUCCCUGCGCAUCUCCAAGAGCACCAUGGACUUCAUCCGCUUCGAGGGCGAGGUGGAGAACAAGAGCGCCGUCAAACGCGUCCUGACCAAGCUGGACGGAAAAAGCAUCAAGCUCAGCGGAUUCACAGACAUCCUAAAAAUCCGUGCCGUCGAAAACAAAGCCGAUUUUCCCACCCGUCACGACUGGGAUUCCUUCUUCCGCGACGCCAAGGACAUGAACGAGACGGUUCCGGGAGAACGGCCCGAUACGGUCCAUCUGGAGGGGCUCCCGUGCAAGUGGUUCUCGCCGAAGGACGGCGUUCCCGACAGACCCUCGGAGACGGUGCUCAGGACGGUUUUCCAGCGCUUCGGGAAGAUCCGGAACGUGGACAUCCCCAUGCUGGAUCCGUACCGGGAGGAGAUGACCGGGAAGAACUUCAACACCUUCUCGUUCGGGGGACACCUGAAUUUUGAGGGGUACAUUCAGUAUCAGGACCACACGGGCUUCGUCAGAGCCAUGGACUCGCUCAGGGGGAUGAAGCUCAUGUUUAAGGGCGAUGACGGGAAGGCCGUCGCCUGCAGCAUUAAGGUGACGUUUGACACGACUAAACACCUGAGCGAUUCCUCGCUGAAGAAACGUCAGCAGGAGCGACAGAAGCUGCAGGAGCUGGAGAAACAACGAGAGGAGCAGAAACGCCGAGAGAAGGAGGAGGAGGAGCGACGCAAGGAGGAGGAGAGGAAGCAGCGUGAGCAGGAGGAGGAGGAGAAGGAGAGGAGGAGAGAGGAGAAACUGCGCAAACGAGAGCAGAAGCUGAAGGAGAAGGAGGAGAAGAAGACCCAGAAGAAGCUGAAGAAGCAGCAGGAGGAGGAGCAGAAGAAGCUCCAGCUGAAGAUCGCAAUGGAGGAGCGCAAACUGCUGCUGGCGCAGAGGAACCUCGAGUCCAUCCGACUCAUCGCCGAGCUGCUCAGCAGAGCCAAGAGGCUGAAGCAGCAGCAGGUGGAGCAGCAGCAGGUGGAGCUGGCGCGGCUGCAGCAGCUGGAGGAGCGCAGACGGCAGCAGGAGGACGAGCUGCGGCGCGUGGAGGCCGAGAAAGCGCGAGCGCUGGAGCUGCAGAGGAAAGAGCGCGAGCUGCGCGACAGACUGCUGGGAAACCUGCUGAAGAAGAGCACCAACACGGACGAGAACGUCGCCGCCCCGCUCGUCCACGUGGACCUGCAGAUCUGCGGCGCGCAGGCGCAGCUCAACGGCGUGACGCUGCCGACGGAAAACCCGGACAAAGAAACCAGCAACUCCAAGAAACAGGAGGAGCGCACGGACGGAGACAGACGCGAUCGCACGCGCAGACGCAGCGGCGGGAGACGACGCAGCCGCAGUCGGGGCAGGGGCGGUCGCAGGCGGAGCGGAAGCCGGACGCGGGGCUCUCGCGGCAGACGCGGCAGGAAGUACAGCCAGAGCAGCAGCAAGAGCCGCAGCAGCAGCCGCAGUCAGAGAGGAAGCAGCAGCCGCAGCCGCUCGUCCAGUCGAGGACGACGCAGACGCUCGCGUCACCGAUCCAGACGAUACUGAAAGAGUGUGAGGUGAACCUCAUGAAAACACACCCAGGUCACUUUCACCUCAGAAAUAGAACAGAAAAGAUUAGAAAUUAUAGUUUGCAUAAAUGAAGUGAGGCCUGUUUUAGAACCAGUUUUACAAGCUUGUUUUGUUUUGUUUUGUUUUAUUUUAUUUUAUUUUUACCAGCAAUUUAUGUUAUAUUAUGUUGGAUAAUUAUUUAUUAAAAAUAAAGAUUUUAUUUUGUUUUUUUCAGUUUUAUUUAUUUAUUUUCCCCCCCCAGUAUACUGUUUUUCAUAAAGAACUUGAAGCCUUAUUUUUUCCCCCCCUUUUCUUAUAUU